AUGGCUACUUUGGAUACUGUACGUAGUUCUUCGCCAGAAUUUUUGGGUUUAGCUACACAAUUUGGCAUUUCCUCAGCAAUUUCUUUAUAUUGUUUAUUACAAUUUGAAUGGAAUAGGCGUAGAAAAUCUAUGCAAUAUUUAUAUACUCCAAGAACAAGAUUGAUCAAAAAUCCAUCGCCACCAGUGCCACCAGGAUUAUUUUCUUGGGUAAAAGCUGCAUAUCGAUUGGACGAUAAAUUUUAUCUUACAAACGUUGGAUUAGAUGCAUUGAUGUAUAUAAGAUUCUUGAGAAUGGCAUUUCAUUUUUUGUUAUUUAAUUCAUUACUAGUUGGUCCAAUACUUUUGCCCAUAAAUUACACAGCUAGUGCGUCUAGCACUGAAGAAAGAAACAACGUAGAUAUUUUUUCUGUUAAAAACAUUAAAUUUGAUUUGAAUCGAUUAUGGGCUCAUAUGAUAUGUACGUACAUAGUUAGUAUUAGUUGGAUGUACCUCUUAUACAAGAAUUAUUACUCUUAUAUGAAAUUGCAUAAAGAAUAUCUUUUAAAGAAAGUUGAUAGUGGUGAUAUCAGUGUACGAACUGUCAUGAUAUCAAGAAUACCGGAAGAGCUAAGAUCAGAAGAAGAACUUCAAAAAUAUGUUAAUGGAUUGUGUAUAGGUACUGUAGAAUCUGCUAGAAUGGUAAGACAUACUGGUAAAUUAGAUAGAAGAAUAGAAAGGAGAGAAAAGGCACUAUUAUUACUAGAAAGAGCUCAUAUACAACUUGCAAAAAAUGUUUAUCGAUUUAUUAAACGAAGAAAAUUAUUUGGAAAUGGAUUUUGGUUUAAAAUUUUCAGCUGUAAUAAAGAUAAUGACGUUCCAGCUUUGACAGUUGAAUCUGGUGAAACAAGAGAACAUCAAAGAAUUCAAUCUAUUAUAGAAAAGGUUGACAUAAGAAAAAGAAAGCAUAUUAUGGAUUAUGAGGAUGGUUAUGGUCAUCAACUUUCAAUAUGGGAAUCAUUGUCGCGCAUUCCCAAAUCUUCACUUGAUAAAUUUCAACCGAAAAGUGGAUUUUUUAGUGGUGGCAAAACUGUUUAUGCCAUUGAUCAUUUUAUCAGGAAAUUUAACUUCUUGGACAGAAGUAUUGCAGGACUAAGAUCCCUUUCUGUAACUGGUCUACCAUACAAAGCUACUAGUACUGGUUUUGUAACAUUUCGGGAUCAUAUAAGUGCUCAAAUGUGUGCCCAAAGUAUCAUAUGUUCUACACCUCAUACUUGCACUGUUAAAAUGGCUCCUGAGCCAAGAGACUUACUUUGGACUUCACCUUUAAUACAUACGCUACUUCGGAAUGUAUUACCGACAGUUUUAGUAUCAAUCUUUAUGGCCAUGUUACCUUGGAUUUUAAUGGAAUUAUCCAAGCAAGAAUGUUUUUCAUCAUAUUCAGAAUUAGAAAAUGCAGUAUUGGUUCGAUAUUAUUAUUUCUCAUUCUUUAACGUAAUUGUGGUAUUCUUGCUAGGAAAAGUUUUUUUAGAAUCAAUCUUUAAUAUACUCAAUUCUCCUGCAAGUAUUUUGGAAACUUUGGCCAAUACGUUACCACAGGGAGCAACAUUUUUUAUAAAUUAUAUAGUUUUCAAUACUUGCGCUCACGGUUUUGAAUUAGUUCAAGUAGUUCCACAAAUCUUUCUUCAUAUAUUAUUAACAUCAAGAUUUGUAUCCACAACACCGAGAAUACUCCAACGAGUGACACAUCCUCAUUCAUUUCAAUUUUACUACUAUUACCCAAAUCAUAUUUUAAUACUAGUAAUCACCAUCACCUAUUCCACCAUUAAUCCACUCGUAUUACCAUUUUCUGUGCUUUAUUUUGGAAUUGCCCUUCUGGUAUUCAAAUAUCAAUUUGGUUAUUGUUAUGUGCGUCGUUAUGAAGCAGGUGGUAGAUUCUAUAAAAGUGUUUUUCGCUAUACCACCGAUGGAUUGGUUGUGUUUCAGUUGACGGUUCUUGGUGUGUUAUGGCUCAAUAAAGCUAUUGCUAUAGGAACUCUUUUGAUGCCACUUUUGGCAGGCACAGUAGCCAGUAAAGAUACUGAUUCUACUAUGAACAAUGAAUCGUCUCAAAAAGAAAAUUUUAGUAAAGGUGAUUUUAUUGUUAAUGAUAAAAAAGAAGAAAAAUCUAUAUCAAAAAAACAAUUAUCAUCUAAAGAUGAAAUGAGAGAGAAAAAACUGUCAAGUCAUAGUUUAAGUAAUAUUGAUGAGAAAUCAGUAGAUUCCAUCAACAGUAAAAAAGUUUUAUUAGCACAAAGUAUCAACAGUAGCAACAAUAGUAAUAUUGAUAAUAGAAAAAUUAUUGUUGAUGAAUCUUAUGAUAGUGAUGAAUCCGAUAUUGUUGAAAUAAAUAAUGAUUCUAAUAGUAAUAAGUCGAAUAAUGGUGGUAGCGCCAGUAAAGACUCUAAAAAUGUUAUUAAGGACGAUAACAACAACAGUAAUGAUGGUAGUGCUAACUUUACCGGAGAAAAUAACAAUAAUCCCACGACGAUAACUUUGCCGCCAAAGAAUUUGCCGCCAAAGAAUAUACCACCAAAGAAGAUACCACCAAAUGCACAAAGAUUACCAUCCCGAGGAAAUUUAAGGUGUGCACCACACCCGGCACAUUUCACACACGAUCCAAGUCUAAAGCUGAUUCAAGAUGAGACAUCACAAUACCAAACUUAUACACAUCCCAACCUAGUUAAAGCGUUGAAUCGCAAAUUAUGGUUACCUCGUAAUCCAUUUAAACUAAUUGAUAUUGAAGACACGGUGGAACUUAACCAAGCAUUAACAUCAAGUGAUUGCAGACUUAGUACAGUGGGAUAUUGGGGAGACAAUUCAGAGUAUUUGGCAGAAGCCAGGGUUAGUUUGUACGGGAUACAUGACUUUCCCAUGUCACCAUUUCAUCAUCGUGGAGGUACUGGUACUGAUCGAAGAAAACGUACAGAGUCAGGUGACUAUUUUAUUUCACGUGAUGUUGUUGAUGGUGUGGAAGAGCAAAAUGAUGACGAGUCAUCAUUUUGUCCAUAUGCACCAUUAUCACCUGAAGAAGAGGGCAGAGUGAGUCUUCAAGAAUUUGUUAGUGGUGAACUAGUUUCUGGUGAAUUGAGCAGUGGUGAAGAAUAUUAA